GUCACUCAAUAUUUAUGUAAUCUCUGAAACUCUUAGCUCUUGUCCCUCGAUGCUUUUCAAGAGUGAGCUCUAGUUGUUUCUUUAGUAAGAUCAUAAUCUAAAUACUUGUUUUUGGAAGCGACUACACGACCAACAGUAAAACUCCAUCAUGCAGUUUUGGCCGAAACCCCCAACCUUUCCCUUCACCUUCCAGAAAAAUCUAGAGGAGGCAGGCCGACCCAUCUCCAGCAACAGUAGCGAAGAUGGUCUUCUCAGCGAGAAGGAUAUCAGGAGUCUUCGAUCGAGCCGUUCCCCCUUCUCAAGAACGUGGAUCUGUAUUUGCCUAUCACACCUCAUUCUUUUCGCUAUCUACUUGGCCACGAUAAUCUCUCUGCGUACAGAAGUGCAUAGGCUACGUAAACAUGGUCCCCAGCUGGUCAACACGCCGGCGAAUGAGGCGUUAGAAUGGGAAUUACGGAAGUUUGACACGAAUGAUAAUCAAAACGGGCCAUUUUCUGGAAAACCACGUGAAGAAAUUGACCGGAACUGGCACAAGCUCCUCAAUUCUGAAAACAUCAUUAUCGAAAGCGAGUACAUGAAGCAAUGGGGUCGAGAGAAUUAUGGUGUAGCGUCUCCUGACGGGAACGGCUUCCUCGGCACUCUCAACGUGUAUCACGAGCUCCAUUGUAUUAAACGGCUUUAUCAAUAUACGUACCCCGAUACAUACGCCAAAGGCCGAACCUCAGGGGAUAUAGAAAGGGAUCGUGCACACAAAGAUCACUGUCUAGACUUCCUUCGACAGUCCGCCAUGUGCCAUGGUGAUAUUGGGGUAAUCACGUUCCAGUGGUCUCCUGACAGCCUUGUUCCCGUCGCCAACUCAACCUUUCAUCAGUGUGUCAACUGGGAAAAGCUUGAUACAUGGACAAAAGCUCGGACAGUGGACAUGAUGAAGCCAGGCUGGCUAGUUCACCCGACCAAAGGCCUGGCCUACCCUGAAGGAAACGAAUGGUAAUGUAACGAAAAGCUCUAAAUUUAGGCAUAUCGCGCAUAUACCUAUGCACGCACUGUCAUCAAUGAAAAAAAAAAAAAAAUAUUAGAUAUAAAUCUUUAGCAAUAUGGGGAACUCGGUUAUAUGAUUACAUUGUUACUCAGUUGCCGAGAGUUCUUGAAAAGGUCGAAACAGGUACCUGUCAUACUUCGAGUACGAAGGGUAACAAGUAAAACACUCCCGCGGCCCGGGCCGCACGCUAGAGCACUGGUCUGCCCUACGCGUUUGUUUAGAUACCCGCUACCGAUGCGCCAAUCCAUAGGCUAGUUUUAUCAGACACAGCUUUAUGUAGCUAAUUAGAAGUUGAUUAUGGUCUUGUUCA